AUGUCCGGCUUCGAAAUCGUCGGCACCGUGCUAGGUGCCAUACCCCUCAUCAUCUCAGUUAUAAGGAACUAUCAGAAAGUUUCCGAGUACCGAGACCAGAGGAGAAUCCUAGAAGGUCUGGCUCGAGACCUCGAUAUAGAAAGUACCAGUCUUCGAAAUACGUGUAUGUCCUUACUUGAGGAAGUUGCUCCACCGUCUGAGCUAAGGACAAUGCACUCAGCCUUUCCCGAGUUACUGUGGGAGAAUGAUAAUGUUAGAUUACGAGUUGAAUCAAGAGUUAAUUGUACGGGCUUCCUAGAUAUAGUAAGAGAUAUGGAAAUGGCUAUAGAAGAACUGAAAAAGAAGUUGAAACUCGGGCCACAAUGUGAAGUAAAGUCGCCAAAGAGUAAAUCUAUGAGUCUGGUCAUCAAUAGAAGCGUGUAUGAAAAGGAUAUAGAGAAGCUGAGGUCCAGGAACCUUACGCUCAAGUUCGUGCUCAUGCAGGGUUCUGAAUUCGAGAGUAGGCGGCAAAAGAGGUCACAUUGUAACUGGAUGGGACUUCUUCAAGCCACAACGCAAGAUGUCUAUGACGCACUUCGCCCCAACCUCUGUCGCACAUAUUCCCACUCUCAACAACAUGGCGUCAGUCUAGGCCUUUUUGCGGAAGAGAGAGAGUUUUGGAUGAGGAAUGAAGUCGUCUCCGCCAACAGGUUGGAAUUUCACCUUACUCUCUCAUAUCAUCUAGAGGGCACGGAAAACUCGGGCAAUUACCCUUGGGAUUGGAAGAAAAAGGGAGUAAGAUUCCAAUCGACAGUCACUAAAGAGUCUUCAACACCAUCUCCUAGCGAUCCGACGCUUAGAGUGCAGAUAUCCAAUCUUUGCGAGGAUAUUUUAUACCAUAAGGAUUGUUAUGGCCACCUCAUAUCGAAGCGGCCUAUAUCAGAAGAUGGCCGCUUCGGUGUAUAUCGUAGCAAAUUGGCGACCAAAAACAAUAGCUACUCCCUUCUCUCCCUUGAGCAGGCUAUUGGAAAUUGUAACAGCCAACCGUCAUUAACCAAGAAACUCAGUCUUGCCUCUAUUAUUACUUCAAGCAUCUUGAAGUUAUAUGGCGCACCUUGGCUUCCCCGCUACCCGAUUAGUAAGAACAUUCGUGUGGUACAAGACGACAAUACGGUAGACUAUGGUAAAGUAAUCCCAGACGAGUUUAUUUCCCAGAAUUGCGCACAAGAUCACACUGUUCAUCUUAGCAAGACUUUCGACUGCACGACAAGCUCUGGUAUCCAGAACGUCGAACUGUUUUUGCGCCAGGUGAAAAUACUUGCCGAUGACCAAUACCGGAAUGCGGUCAAGAACUGUCUCAAACUUGCUAUUGGCAGCCCCGAUCUGGACUUGAAUGAAGAUAAAGCGCGCGAUGAGAUAUAUAACAAUAUCAUUGCCCCGGUUGAGGAAAGCUUCAUGUCGUCAGAUUUUAUGAAGACUGGCUCGUAA